AUGGAGUGGGUGAUGAGGAAAUCGUUGCAGCAAUUGUUUCUUUAUGUCAAUCCCAGAAGAAUAAUCAUGCACUUAAAAGUGCAGCUUUUCAGUACACUUUUACUGGAUUUGAAAAUUUGGAGUUUAUGUAGCUACGGGUUACAGAAGAAGCUUUUGUCUUCUUUAGCUGAUAUGGCAUUCACAGAGGCUUCUGUGAUGCGUGAUGCAAAAGCUAUUCAGACUCUUCUUGAUGGAUGCAGGAGAUGUUAUUGGACAAUUCGUGAAAAGGAUUCUGUAAAUACUAUAUCUAUUAAUGGAGCCACACGUCCGGUUGGUGAAGUGAAUGCUUUAGUUGAUGAGCUUUUAGUGCUUAUUGAACUUCUUGUGGGGGCCGCUCCUCCUUCAAUGGCCGUGGACGAUAUUCGUUGUCUACUCGGCUUCCUGGUUGAUUCUCCACAACCAAAUCAGGUUGCAAGGGCAUUGCACUUGAUAUAUAGGUUGGUAGUACAACCAAAAGCUUCUAGAGCUCAAACAUUUGCAGAAGCAUUUAUCUCAUGUGGUGGCAUAGAAACACUUCUUGUCCUAUUGCAACGGGAAGCAAAAGCUGGAGAUUAUGACGUACCAUUACCAGACCCUUUGGUCAAUGAUGAAGAAUCUAAAGCCAAUGGUGGCGAUGGUUUGGAAAAUAGCAAUAAUGAUGAAUUGUCAUCUAAUGAACCUCAGACUCAUACCAGUGUCAAUACCAUUCUCAUAGGGUCUAGAAUCGAAAGCAAGUCCUCAGUCUCUGAGAGUCAGUUAAAAAAGAUUUUGGGUGGUAUAAAUUUUUCCAUCAGUGCUGACAAUGCAAGGAACAAUGUGUACAAUGUUGACAAAAGUGAUGGUAUUGUCGUUGCAAUAAUUGGGCUAUUUGGUGCUUUAGUUAUUUCUGGACAUCUAAAGUCCGGAUCUCAAGCUUCUAAUGAUAUGACACGUGGCAUGCAUCGGUUGCUUGAGGGAGGGGGUACCAUGUUUGAAGAUAAAGUUUCACUUCUACGUUAUGCUUUGCAAAGGGCUUUUCAGGCAGCGCCUAACAGGCUUAUGACUAACAAUGCCUACCUGGCUUUAUUGGGCGCCUCGUUAAAUGCAUCCACAACAGAUGAGGGACUGAACUUCUAUGACUCACAACAUCGCUUUGAGCACUCACAGCUUCUGGUGGUUCUUUUGAGUUCACUUCCACAUGCACCAAAGACUUUUCAAUGUCGCGCAUUACAGGAUCUUCUGAUUUUGGCUUGCAGUCAUGCUGAAAAUAGAAACAGGCUCACUAAGAUGGAUGAAUGGCCUGAAUGGAUCUUGGAAAUUCUUAUUUCUAAUUACGAGGGUGACAUUAUAUUAAAUAUUAACUAUCACCACCCGAAUUUAUUUUUUCUUGCAACUGAUACAAGUAUAACGUCUGGGAAGAACGCUUCAAUGUCUUCAAGCUUCAGAGAUGUUGAAGACCUUGUACACAGUUUCCUCGUUAUCAUGUUAGAGCAUUCCAUGCGUCAGAAGGACGGAUGGAAGGAUAUUGAAGCUACAAUUCAUUGUGCAGAGUGGCUUUCUAUGGUAGGUGGAUCUAGCACAGGAGAACAGCGCAAAAGACGUGAGGAAUCAUUGCCCAUCUUUAAAAGAAGGCUCUUAUGUGGGUUGCUGGACUUUGCUGCUAGGGAGCUGCAGACUCAGACUCAAGUGAUUGCUGCAGCAGCUGCUGGUGUUGCUGCUUAUGGAUUACCACCAGAGGUUUCUAAGGCAGAAGCAGAGAAUGCUGCUCAACUUUCUGUGGCUUUGGUUGAGAAUGCAAUUGUGGUGUUAAUGCUUGUUGAAGAUCAUUUACGCCUACAAAGCAAGCUUUUUAGUUUUUCCCUCGUUCAAGGGGGUUCUGGCUCUUCUCUUCCAUCUGUGGUUCGUGUUGGUAACAGCACAAAUCUCCCCACAAUCCCAGAACCACUUGAAGCACGGGCGUCUUCUAAUGACUCUAGAACUCUUCCCCUUGAUGUGCUUGCGUCUAUGGCCGACACCAAGGGGCAAAUCUCAGCAACAGUAAUGGAACGGCUUACAGCUGCAGCAGCAGCUGAACCCUAUGACUCAGUUUCUUGCGCGUUUGUAUCAUAUGGCAGCUGUGCUGUAGACUUAGCAGAAGGUUGGAAAUACAGAAGUAGAUUAUGGUAUGGAGUCGGUCUUCCUUCAAAAGCUUCCGACUUUGGUGGUGGUGGCAGUGGGUGGGACGCCUGGAACUCUUCUUUGGAAAAAGAUUCAAAUGGUAACUGA